AUGGGCGUAUCGAUGAUCACGUGCGACUUGCCGCUAUCGCUGGCUACUCCUCCUACUGCAACGACCACCAGCAGCCUGAGAUCGAACGGGAAGGGCCCACCGCCCUGGCGCCCUGAUGCGGCCAGCGCCUCGUGUCUCUGCUGUGGCAACGACUUUUCCAUCUGGACACGACGCCGACACCACUGUCGUGCCUGUGGGGAGCUCGUCUGCGGCGAGUGUUCGCCCUUUUCUGUGCGGCUGCCUGAACUCGGCUACAAGGGCCGCGUGCGCGUGUGCACGCAGUGCAACGCACUGGCCAAGUCUACGACCACGACAAUGGCCUCGUCUGGCUCGAUGAACUCGCUGUCCGGUCUGGAGUCGGCAGCUGCGUCCAGCGAGUCGUCGGAAAACGAGCAAGUGGGAGACGUGCAAGAAGAGCUCAUUUUCUGUGCGGUGGAAGUGCUGACGCAGACGUCCCGCACGAAACGGUUCAAGGUGCAGUACCAGUACUUUGUGCAAUCCGAGGCCGUGAGCUGGCUCAUGGAUGCUGGCAUCAUGUCCAGUCGCACGGGAUGCGCUGCGCUGUUCUUGCGCCUCGUGGACUAUGGCUACGUGACGCUCAAGCCGUGGAACGGAUCCGGUCGCAGUGCCUUUUACGUCCUCAGUGACGAAGUCACGCGCGAGAACUGUGCGUCGCACUAUGGCACGACGAUCCACUCGGAGACGAGCAAGUGCCACAAUUGCACCCAGUCGUUCCAGAAAGCACUUGCGCCAGCUGAGAGCUUUUGCUCCAUUGACUGCAAGACAAACGCACUUAUCAACCAGUCGGACUCGGCUCGUAUUCGCCGCUUUUGCAAUUGA